AUGGAUCUUCCUAGGUCUCCUGCAUUGGAAUCAGGGGGUCUUGAAGAGAAUUCAUUCCCUUCUCCUUCAGCCUUAAUGUCCCAAGCUGGUGAUUUAAUUUCUAGUCCUACAACGGGACUCAUGAAUAAACCAGCUGCUAGAACAGAUCUUCCGGAACCUUCCGCGGCUCAGGAUGAUGAGGAGCAAGUUGAUUAUGACGACUCCCCAACUGGUGAUGCAGCUAACGGAUAUAGAGGCAAUGAGGAUGCUGAUGUUGGCAACAUGUCAGGUGGUGGUGAAGGUUCACCUUCUCCAGGGACUACUGCUGCUGCUACUUCUGAGCCAGAACCCGCUCAGGUGUCGGCUCCUUUAGAAGAGCAACAUUUACCCGGCUCUUCUACGGCAACUGCUUCACCUGCAGCGUUGCCUGAAACUACUGCCGCAACUCCUCCUCCGAAACAGCAACUUGUGCAGGCGUUAGCUCCCAUGCAGGAGCAGGCCCUACGUGCCUCAUCUACUGUAGCUGCUUCCUCUGCAGCAUUGAUGAAGAUCUCGCUUGUGCCCACGGAGGCCGGACCAAGCGCGUCGCCAGUGAGGACAAUGAUGGCUUUGACUUCAAGUCCUUCGCAAUUGGACAUCAUGAUAGCUUCUCUGGCUUCUUCUCGAUCGUCACCAAGUCCCAUUAUUUUAGGCUCCUCUUCGACAUCUCCAAAGAAGUCCCUAAAUCCAGUCGUCAUCCCCUCCAUUCUGAAAGUUCUUAUACGACCGUUGGAAGAUAUGAUGAAGAUAGCGAUUGAGGAGAUCAGUGCUGGACGAGCUUCAUUCGACUUUUUCAAACCAAUUCUCAUGAACUCUUUGAGCAACGUUUGA